CCUGCUCCCGGCGCCGCCACCUCGGCCCGGCGCGGGCAGGCGCGCGGGCGGCGCAGCCAUGGAGCUGGAGCGCGAGUGCCGGGUGCUCUCCAUCCAGAGCCACGUCGUCCGCGGCUACGUGGGCAACAAGGCGGCCACCUUCCCCCUGCAGGUUUUGGGAUUUGAAGUUGAUACGGUGAACUCUGUCCAGUUUUCAAACCACACAGGCUAUGCCCACUGGAAGGGUCAGGUGUUGAAUUCAGAUGAGCUUCACGAACUGUACGAAGGACUGAAGCUGAACAAGGUCAACCGCUACGAUUAUGUACUCACAGGGUAUACAAGAGACACCUCAUUUCUUGCAAUGGUGGUGGAUAUUGUCCAGGAGCUGAAGCAACAGAAUUCUAACCUUGUGUAUGUGUGUGAUCCAGUGAUGGGUGACAAGUGGAAUGGAGAAGGCUCCAUGUAUGUGCCCAAGGAUCUCCUGCCAGUCUACAGGGACAAAGUUGUACCYGUUGCAGAUAUAAUCACUCCUAACCAGUUUGAAGCUGAGUUACUUACGGGCAGGAAGAUUUACACGGAAAAAGAUGCACUGGAGGUAAUGGAUAUGCUCCAUGCCAUGGGACCAGAGACUGUGGUGAUCACAAGCUCAGAUCUACAGGCACCUCUAGGAAACGAUUACCUGAUUGCUCUGGGAAGCCACAGAAAAACUAAAGCAGAUGGUACCAGGAUAACACAAAGAAUUCGAGUGGAGUCUCCCAAAGUGGAUGCUGUCUUUGUGGGAACAGGAGACUUGUUUGCUGCUAUGCUUCUGGCAUGGACACACAAGCACCCCAACAAUUUGAAGGUGGCAUGUGAAAAGACUGUGUCAGCCAUGCAGCAUGUUCUGCAAAGGACCAUCAAGUGUGCAAAAGUGCAAGCUGGAGAAGGAAACAAACCAAACUCAGCCCAGCUGGAACUGAGAAUGGUCCAAAGCAAAAAGGACAUAGAAAACCCAGAGAUCAUAGUGAAAGCCACCGUGUUAUAAAGGCUCCGCGUCUCCAAUAACGCACAAUGUAUCGAUGUCCUCAUUUCUUUCCUGUAAAUUGUAAUAUUUGCCUUAGAUCUGUGACAGAAACCUGACUUUCAUGAAAUAGUGCCCAGCAUAGGCAGAUAUCCACUCUCAAACAUAUGUGCUGGCCUUGCUCAGUUUUAAAAACAGAACAGUUAGUGUGCAUUGAAGCAUAUUCCCAGGUAUCCCAAUGUCUGUCAGAUUCACUUAGUCUGUGUGAUUACCCAGGGCAAGAGAGCAAUGUUCCUGCCUUGCCAAAGACUGUAGAUGUGAAUUUGUUAAUGGAAUGCUUGACUGACUGGAAAAUGUAUUUCAAGAUGGCAUCUAGUGCCAAUGGAGCUGGCUCCAUGCUCCCUUUUCCUGGAGGUACCUGGUUACCUACUCUGGUACUCAGUAUCUCGGCUGCUAUGAAACUAAGCAGGGUUAAAGCUACACACACUUGUGUGUAGGAGUACUUUGAAGAUGUUUGGCUUGUUCAGUACUCUGAAGUGCCCUUGAGGUGUCAUUCAUGUUACUGAUCUCUGCUCCUGUUUCCUGUCCAUGAACAGCUGCACAGUUUUGGUUGUUGCAGGUUCUGGCUGCUUAUUUCUCAUGUCUGUGGGUGCCCACAUGAUUUUCCUCCCAGAAACAUCUUCAUUARUAAGAUCAUGCCUUUAUUCAGUAGCACUGGUUGGAAGUGUGUAGUUCUACCUCUGAGGCCCGGUUUGAUUCUCUGUUUUUUUAACAAAGGACAAAAGAGAAAGCAGCUCUUCCCAUGAAAGUUGUCUGCCUUGGUUUGUUCACCGUGGGUCGAUGUACCUACAAACUGCAUGGGCAUUUCCACUUAACUUUAGUGARCACUGUUGGCAGGCUUAGCAGUAAAGCAAUGUAGGAGAAGUAGCAUUUUUGGUUUAGUAGGCUCUGGUAAGUUACACAUGUUUACCAAAUGCAUUGAAACAGAAAAUUAACUUGUUCAUAAUGUCUCUGCAAGCAAUGCCAAUUAGAGAUUGCAGAAAAGCAUUAUUAUUCAKGCAUCUUGAUUUCAAAAUUCUGCUUGGUAAGGCUUCAAAAUGGGAUUCUUAAUAAUUUUAGUGUCCUGUGCAUCACAGCCACAUACUAAAUCAGCAGGGCAGGUCAGCUGACAGGUAUUGAGCACUCACACUUGUGUAGGGUUUCUGUAUGGGAUCCAUGUUCAUGCUUGUCCCAAGAUGAAGUCUAGUGAUGUUAAAUCCAAAUUGAGUUGAUGAGCGUUACUUGUCUCAGGCUGCAUAAGGGGAUUGAAACUGCAUUUCUAAUUGAUUUCCUCUCAUGCAUUUGGCAUCAAAAGUGAAAAAAAAAACAUGUUACUUGAGAAUUGUAAGGAAAAAAAAAAAACAGCAGGAAUUUAUCUACAAAAUGUGACUCUACUGCCACAGUUUUUAGUAACCACUGUCAUGAAUAACUUUUUAGCAAUAAUAAUUCUGGUGUUGUGAGCAGUUGCUAAACUUAGCAGUCAGUAAGAGMGAUAAGAGCUCACGGAUGAUAACCCAACCUGUAAAAAGACACGAACUACCUUGACAGUGUGUACAAGUAUCUGAUGAGAAGCAGUGAAGAAGGAACCAGGCUUUUCUCAGUGGUGCCCAGGAAGGGGUAAGUAGUCAAUGGCACAAAUUGAAAUACAGGAAAAUCCAUUUAAACAUUAAAAAAAUGUAAUUCACUGUGAGAGGGAUCAGACACUGGCACAGGUUGCCCAGAGAGGUUGUGGAGUCUCAAAUGCUGACUGAACAUGGCCCUGAGUAACCUGCUGUACUUGGCCCUGCUUGCUCAGGGGGGUGGAUCAGAGGAUCUCCAGGGGUCCCUUCCACCCUCAGCCAUUCCUUGAUUCUCUGAGUACAUUGAACUGCCUUUCUUUGAAGCGCUGGAUUYUUAAAUUGAUGCAAAUAUUUGUUCUCUCUGCAACACAAACUUCAAGAUGGGCUGUAAAAUACAUUAAUAUUUUGCCUCCUUUUUAGAUAAGCUGCUGUUUGCUUAGGCAGCUGUGCCAGGAAGACAAUUACCUCUUUUGAGAUAAYUGCUUUCUGCAAAGAAAUUUAAAUACCGUAGCUGGUGAAGCAUUUCAGCAGUUGAACACUCAAAGGGUUUUAACUGUUUCUAACAUUGAUUAAGCAAGUGCUGCAUGYCAUAUUCCAAACAUAACUAUUGAGYUUAUUAAUCUUUUAAAAUUAGACUAUUUCAUGUGGAAGUGUAUAAUCCCUGCRGACCUCUUAGGAAGAAGGGAUCAACAUCCUGAACUUCACUGCCUGUGCAGACAAUGGCCAAAACCCUUUUAUUAGCUGUGAGACAGCACAAUUUUGUUUUGCUGUUAGAAUAGACAGACGUGACAAGAGAAUUGAGAAAAAGGGAGGGCUGUCUUCUCUGAAAUAAAGAAGCUUGGAAUUUAGAAAACUUGGAGCUACCUUGCAAACAAGGUUUUAAUUGUGAACCAUAAUGAGCCAUGAUCUUGACAUAAAAGACAAAGUGAYAUGUUUGUUGGAGCAGUUUAUACCUGUCAGGUGUCAUCUUUUCCACUUCUUCAAAGAGCGGAUCAGUUCAGUAAUUCAUACCUUGCUUAGAAUCUGUGACAUAUCCAUGUUAAAAAAAAAAAAAAAAAGAA